GGCUGAGCGCACCAUGGGGCUGAUCCUGGGCAGGCUGCAGGCGGCGCUGGGCAGUUUCUCCGGGCUGCAGGCUCGGAUCCUGCUGCUGGGGUUGGACAAUGCCGGGAAAACCACCAUCACCUACCGGCUGAAGCUGGACGAGACGGUCAGCACCAUCCCCACCCUGGGCUUCAACGUGGAGACGGUGGCGCCCGUCAGGAACGUGACCUUCACCCUGUGGGACGUGGGGGGCCAGGACCGGAUCAGGGUCCUGUGGCGACACUAUCACAGCAACACGGACGGCCUGGUGUUCGUGGUGGACGGCGGAAAACCACCAUCACCUACCGGCUGAAGCUGGACGAGACGGUCAGCACCGGCGCGGACCCUGGAAGCCCUGCUGGAGGCGGAGGACCUGGCAGGGGUGCCGCUGGUGCUGCUGGCUAACAAGCAGGACCUGCCUGGGGCCCGGUCCUGUGCCCAGCUGGUGGAGGAGCUGGGCUUGAGGAAGCUGCGAGGGCGCGAGUGGCACGCCCAGGGCUGCUGUGCGGUGAGCGGGCAGGGGCUGCCGGAGGCGCUGGAGAAGCUGGCGGAGCUGGUGAAGCGCUGGCGGAAGGCCCGGGGGCUGUGAGGGUGCCGGAUGGAGAAUGGGCCUUGAUGCCAGCCUGUGUCGCCCACUUGGCACCUUUCCAAAUGAGGGCUGGUGCCCUGCCUCCCCCAUGCUGGAGAGAUGCUCCCGCUAAAUGGCCACAUGCCGCAUUGUCAGAUCCUGCCUCCGAGCCGGUGCCUGCUGGAGCUGGGCCCAGUGAGCAGCACAGUCUCCUGGGCCCCUUGUCCUGCCCCCCUGGCUGGAGCC